AUGACGACACCAGACAAGAAGAUUGCAAUCGUUGGGGCAGGUGUCUUUGGCCUGAGUACAGCCUUGCACCUGGCUCGUAAUGGUUACAGGGAUGUGACCGUCUACGAUUACCAGCCCUACGACCAGAAUGCCUACUCUCCCUUUGACGGCUGCGAUGCGGCGUCGGCGGACGUCAACAAGAUCUACCGCUGCUCAUAUGGCGACGAGACGGAGUACCAGGACCUCGCCUUCUCUGGUCGGCCCAUCUGGCUCGAGUGGAAUGCCGCCAUCGCUUCCACGCCGGCGGACAAGCUCCCUCGUGGACUCACACCGUCGACCAAGCUGUUCGAGGACUGCGGCUUCAUGCGCAUCUCGUCCGACGCCGUCAUGUCGGACUAUGACAAGCACUGCAUCUCGGAGCUGGAGAAGGUUGGCCUCAAGCACCAUCAACACGUCCUGACCGAUGUGGAGGAUAUGGAGAGGCUGUGGGGUAAAGAAGGCAACUGGCGCCCCAAGGUCGCCGCCUUUGCCGCCUUUACAGAAGGCAAGCGCGAUGGGUUCAUGGACACGAGCGCUGGCCUCACGUACGCCGACAAGUCAUGCACAUGGGCACGGUACCUGUGCGAGAAGGCUGGAGUCAAGUUUGUCCUCGGUCCGUUGAAGGGCAAGUUUGACCAGCUUGUGGUGGACACCUCGACAGGCGGCAAGGUCGUCAGGGGCCUCAAGACGGCCGACGGAAAGACCCACCCAGCAGACGUGGUUAUCGCCGCAGCCGGGGGGUGGACACCAAGUAUCGUGCCCGAAGUUUCUGGCGCGCUUGAGACGACAGCUGGGAGUGUCGUUACCAUCCAGCUACCUAGUCACAGGAAGGACCUGUGGGACAAGUACUCGCCCAAGAACUUUCCCGUGUUUGCCUAUGGGCUUACCGGCCACGAGUCGCCAGAGUACGGUGGAUUCUACGGGUUCCCGCGUACCCCAGAGGGCAAGAUCAAGAUCGGGUACCGCGGUCGAAAGUGGACGAAUUACCAGUCUCAGGCAGCAACUGGUCGCCGCCUGUCAGUCCCAAAGACAAAGUACACGGCGGACCCUCAGGUCAAUCUCCCGCUCAAGGCCAUUACGAACCUCAAGGCCGUCAUUGCUGAAAUGUUCCCCGACCUCACUGCCGUGGGCAUCACGGACACCCGCAUGUGCUGGUACACCGACUCGAUUGACAACAACUUUCUCAUCGACUAUGUCCCUGGGUACGAUGACACCUUGUUCGUCGCUUCUGGCGGGUCUGGGCAUGGGUUCAAGUUCCUGCCUGUCCUGGGCAAGCAUGUAGUCAAUGCCCUGGAGAAGAAGAACGACCAGUUUACCCCACUUUGGCGCUGGCGUACGGCCAAGCCUGGCGAGCAUGCCAAUGGACUGGAAGAGGGAGAGUUUGGUGGCAGGAAUCUGGCCGACCUCGAGAUGGCAACAGAAGCCGAUUGGAAGUUUCCCAAUACGGUGGAGCGGUCCAAGCUCUGA